AUGAAUACAUUUCAGAGUUAAAGAUAACCCUAAACUUAAUAGCUAAGCAGUUUUGGCAUGUAUAACUACUAAAGCUAACUUUAGUAGGGUGUUUAAAGGAUGGGUACAGGUUAAUUUGAAUAAAAGUAGUAGCCAUAUUAAAAUUAAGAUAUGAAUUUACUGAGGACAAUGCCUCCUUCAAAUCCAUCAAGCUCAUAAUUUGUUAGCUAUAAUUCUUAAUCGAGCAUUUAGGGAAAUAAGAAUUUUUAAAUGAAUUUAAAUUCAAGUCCUUUUCAAGGGAAUGCAACUCCAAAAGCAAACAUGUAACCUACUAAUUUAAAUUUAUCAAAUAAUCCCUCAUAAGGAUACACAAAUACUCCAAAGAAUAAUAAUUUUGGUGCUAUGCCCUAAGUUUUCAGCAACACUAGCAUUUAAAUGAAUACACCAUUAAAUCGCUAGCCUAUUCAACAAUAAUAAAGUCAAUAUGCUUAGAACGUAGCACCACCUUAGAUGUAUUAACCCUCUAAUUUUUCGAGUUCACUUCAGAGAGAUAAUAACUUUAAUUAAAAUGUUGCAAUUAAUAUUUAGAAUUCUACACCAUCUCAUUUUUAGAGAAACAUGAUUUAAAAUCAACCUUAAGCUACACCUUUUUCUACUUCUCUCUAUCCUCAAUAAAACUCUUAACUCAGCAAAUUCAAUAGUAAUAGUAUUAAAGAUAUUCCUCAAAACGGAAUUUAACAAAAGAAGAUACAACCUAUAAUCACUGUAAAUAAUAAAUAGCAAAGAAGUCAUUCUAGAGAAAAUGAUUCUGUAAGGUUUAGCGAAAACACUAAACAUUAAGAUUUAGAUGAUAUUGAAGUAGUUAAUAGCCCUUAAUAUUUCAAUACCGGUUCCUUUUAAGCUGCUAAUACGCAAUUAUCAAUGUUCCGUAAAGCACAGUAACGCAAUUUAUCAGAAGGAGCUAAUAACAAUUUAAACUCUCCUGAUGUUUCUAUGCUUUCCAGUAAGCUGAGAAGACAAAAAUCUUUUUACAAAUAUAACAAAGAUAUGUUACCCGACGCUAUUGAUUCUAAAACUCUAAACUAUUAAUUCAUUAAUAAAAUAGGUGAUAAAGAUGAGCAAACUUAAACUAUUUUUGGAUAAAACAAUGAAAAAAGAUGGAUUUCCAAAAGGCCAAAACCAAAAUAGGUAAAAAAGCUUGAAAAUCUUCUUUAGUUAAUUGAAACGAAGUAUGGAAUAUCAUAAAAAGAAGGGUGUAUAAAUAUUUUAACUCGAUAUACAAAUCCAAGUGAUUUGAAAUACAAUUUAUCUGAAAGAAUGAAAGCAUAAAUUAAGCUAAUUAAAGAACUAGAAUUAGCUGUAAACGAAACAUCUCUGACAUUCUCAAAUUAGAUGCUUGAAAUGAUCGAAAGCUAAAAAACUAAGAAAGAAAAAAUAAGAAAACUAGCAAUUGAUGGAAGAAUUGACUUAGAUUUAGAAGGACAAUUAAAAGAAAUUCAUUUAAAUUAACUUGAAAAUUUAUGCAAGCUAUAAUUAAUUGAAUACAAAUAUGAUUGCAUUGAAUUUAAUGGAGCUAAAUAGACAGAGGAAGAAGAAUAGCUCAAAACUCAAGAAUCCUAAUUAUCUUACUAAAAAAAGAUUACAAGUGAAUUGUUACUACGAAGACUAGCUGAUGCGAUGGAUCUAUGCGAAACAGCAAGAUCUAUUAUAUCUCAGGUAUAAGACAAGGACAUAGAUAAAACCUUUAUCAGAUAAAGUACUAUCUCUCAAGUAUAAAAGAAUUAACAAGAUAAUUUAAAAUCACAGUUAGUUAUAGAUAUACCUCUUGAUUAGGUUUUGAAAGAUGCAGUCCAUCUUAUGUCUUAAUCUAUACCAAAUUUUAGGAAGGCAUGGGAUAUCCUUUGUCUAGAUGAGUAAGAUACCUAAAACUUAUUGAUUGACAUACAGACAGGACUAUUUAACUUAAAGCAGUGCGUUAUCUAUAAAUAAAUUAAAUACGAACCUCUUAAAAAAAUAAUGCUAAAAUACUUGUGUGUAGUAUUUUUAGACAUAAGACUUCCAAUGCGCAAGAACAACGAAUAUAAUAUUUAGGUUUUUGACAGCUUUAUAAAAGUGUUGCAGGAUAUGUAAGAAGAUAUUACAUUCUACUUAAAUUUAAUUGAAAGAACAACUAAAGGCGAAUAGAAUUAUUAUUACAGUUAUACUGUCAAUGAAGAAUUGACAAAGUAGAGAUAAUUUUUAGAAUUCCUUCAAAACUACAGUAAAAACAGCAUAGAAAGUAUGCAAGAGCUAAAAAAGUAGCUUUCUGAAACUGUUCAUCCCAUGGAUAUAAUGAGCAAGCACAAGUCUACCAUCGACUCAAUGAAUCAUCCAAAUAUAAGUCAAAAAGAAAUUGAGUACAUUUUUGAACUAUAUAAGAGUUCAAUAGAUCUUCAAUAACAAGUUGAGUAGAGCUUACUCUAAAUUGAUUAAAAUAAAAUUAAGUAAAUAUGCUCAGAGCUAGAUUUACCUUAUGAUCACUUUUUGACAGUAUUAAGUGAUCAAAUUUAGAAAGAAAUAAACUCUUCAAAGCAGAGUUUGAAAUCAAUCGAGUCUUAUGUUUUGAAGUAUAGGUAUGUAGAGUCUGAUGUAGAUGAAUCAAUCAAAAUGCUCUAAAACUAAGGAUUGAAUCUCUAAAAGUAAUGGGAAUAUGUAGAUGAAGGCAAGUCUAAACUCCAAUUAGAAGAUUUAGAAGCUUUCUACAAAUAACUUAAGGAAACUCUAGAAAGUAUAGGAGCACAUAUUUAUGAUUCUUAAGUAAGGUGUAAUAUGAGUUCUAUGAACUUCAAAAAAGCUAAAAAGAUUUACAUUUCUUUAAAAGCAAUCCAUAAAAAAGUAUUGAGAAACUUGUUUUUACAAAAAGAGAUUCAUUUGAUUGACUUAAAGGCUUUUUAAAGUUUAGUCAGCAGCUUGGAUUUAACUGAUACUAAAAGCGAAGCAGAGUUCAAAAAAUUUUGCAAUAUGAUUUAAGGAAUACAAACAAUGGUUUCCAUCGAUUAGGAUAGCCAAGAUUUUAAAUAAAUUUUAGAUGCUAAUUAAGGAUUCUUUUAGUUGGUUGAUCUUUACAUGAAAAAACACGAGACAUUUAAGAAUGCUUAUGAAAAGGUAUAAGACUUAGCAAAACUGGGAUCAGAGUAUGGCUUUGAGUCGUUUAAUGAAACAUUGCGUUCUAUCUGUAUGAGUGAUAGAAAUCUUCAAAAAUCAAUCAAUAUUAUUACUUCUUUCUCUUAAGAAUUUCAUAAAAGAUGUAUUGAAUAAAUAAAUAAGAAAGCUAUUGAGCAAAAUAUAACACAAAAGAAUUAGUUGAUUGAUCAAUUAACUAUAUACAAAAACGACAUAUAUGCUCGUAUUGAAAAGUUCUAUCUUUUUAUCUUCGAAACAGAGCAAACAUUUGAAAUAGUUGGAGGCAUUGAAAAUGUGUAUUAAACAAAUAAAAUAGAUUUCUAAAAAUUUUAAGAUUAGAUCAAGACACUUCAACGUAAGUUUAAGAAUUAGCCACUACAUUUCCAACUAUUAGAUGGUUAUCAUUUGGAAGCUUAGCAAAAUAUUCUUCUCACAAAAUAUUUUAUUGGGCUUAAUAAUUUUUUGAUAAAUUAGUCAAAUAAUUUGAUUAAAACUAUAAUGCCAAACAUGAAAUAAUCUAAAUAUAACAACAGUGAUGAUUUUGUGUCUUAAAUUUAAUCUCUCUAUACAUAUAACGCAGAAAGUAAAAUAGAAAUAUAUCUUAAAAAGAGAAAGAACAUAAAUAUAGAGAUAUAUCACCGCUUUGAGACUAUAGCACGCAGCUUUUAUUCAUUUUUUGAGUAUGCUCUCGAAUGCAACCGCAUCCGCUUAGCCUUUACGGAGUGCUUUGAAAACUGUAAGGGAAUAAUUGAUCUAGGAGAUUAAAAUUUCAUAUAAAAUGUUAACUAAUGUUUGGAUCUUUCUACUAAUUUCGACAAACGUAUGGAAACGUUUAUAACUGAAAUGAAAAAUUCUAAAUUAAAUUCCUUCUACCUUUUCUCAAACAGAAUAAUUGAAAAACUUAAAAAUCUAGUCACUAUAUCUCUGCAAAAAAUUGAUAUAAAAUUCUUAGCCAAAUUACAAACAAUAAUUCAAGGUGAUAAAUACAAAGAAUGUCACAUGAAUUACACAACAGCUUAUCAAGAAGUAAAGUCUUAUAUACAAAAAUAGCAGAGGAAAAAACAAAUAAAAGAAUUUUUGGAUGAUCUUCAUUCUGUUUAUUUGCCUAAAGUGCGCAUGAGUCUCGCUAAUUCCUUAAUAAAUAGAGAGAACUUCUACUAAUUUUUACCUGAGCUAAAGAACACCGAAAUGUUUAAAGAGAUUAAAUUUAUUAAUGACAAUUUUUAGCUACAUAAACAUAAAAACUGCGAAGCUUUCUUUAACUCAUUAUAUGACGUUGUCCAUUUAUAUGUCUAAUAAAAGUUAAAUUUGAGAGAGCAAAAAGAUUUAAUUGGUAAGGUUAGUGAUCUAUUUUAAAAGCACAACUAAAAUUUCUAGAUGAAUUUAUAGCGUGAACUUUCUAAUCUAUUCCAAACUAUAAUUAGAGAUGAUUAUGAUUUAUCCAGAAAUUUUAAAAACUGA